CUGCCAUGGCGGCCUCCGUCGCGCUGAUUCAAGGAGCCAGCAGAGGACUGGGGCUUGAAUUCUGCAAACACAUUUUAAAAAACAAAAGCCUCGCCGCUGUCGUAGCGACAUGUCGCAACCCGGACGGGGCGGCCGACCUGCGGGGUCUGGCCGGCCAACACCCGGGAAGGGUGACGGUCCUCAAGCUGGACGUGAACCGGGAGGAGGACGUCCGCGGAGCUGCGGAGCGGGUGAAGGAGAGCUUCGGGCGGCUGGAUCUGAUCGUCAACGCCUCGGCGAUGCUUCACCCAUCCGGGAAAGGAGAGACCAGCCUGAGGGAUGUUUCUGCACAGGGCGUCAUUUCCACCCUGACGACCAACACAGUGGGUCCUCUGGUCAUGGCCAAGUACUUUGCCCCGCUCCUUCAGAAGGGCGGCGGCGGUUUCGGUCAGCAGCCGGCAGAGAAAGCAAAGCAGCACGGCGGCAUCAUCGUCAACAUCACGGCCAAAGUCGGCUCCAUCGGAGACAACGGUCUGGGUGGUUGGUACAGCUACAGGAUGUCUAAAGCAGCUCUCAACAUGGCCACCAGGAAUCUGUCUAUAGAGCUUGGCCGCGGUCGACCAAAGGUGGUGUGCGUGUCUUUACAUCCAGGAACAGUCGACACCGACCUCUCCCGACCUUAUCACAGGAAUGUGCCCAAAGACAAGCUGUUCAGCCCGGAGCACUCCGUGAACUGUCUGAUGGGCAUCAUAGAGUCUCUGAGCAUCGAAAAGACUGGAAAGGCGUACAACUGGGACGGGACCGAGCUUCCCUGGUAGAACCGGUGAACGGACCACGAGGGAGAUUCAUGUUAAAUCCCUGUGCUGAGACUGUGGCUUUACUCCAUCCAGUGGUGUCCUGGUGGAGUCUAAGAUGAACCUCUUCUACCUCAAAAUCAGCCCAAGUGCUUGAAUCGCUCCUGACGCUUGAUAAUGAAACCAUGACAUCAUAAAGCCUGGAUGUGACCUUAAGAGUUCAUGCAACUGUUACUACACUUUAAAUUUAAGGCAGUUCGGGUCAUUUUGUCGCUAGAAAUCAUUUACUAUCAAACUAAUCUUGACAUUUUUUUGCAGUAUUAAUCCAUAUUACUAAGUGGUUUAUAUUAAAGGAAAUAUAUUAUCUGA